AUGAUUGUUCUUCUCGCCACUACUGAGAACAAGAACAGCGCUCCGAGCGUCUUUGUAGAGUUUCAGAACACUUCUGGGUGGCCAACCGACGGGAUCGCCUUCUGGGUGGGCAUCAUUACGGCGUGCGCCGGGUUUGGCGGCAUCCAUUCCGGUGUCAUGUUCAGUCAGGAGACCAGAGACGCAGCAAACAACAUCCCUAGAGCACUCCUGUACUCGCUGAUUAUCAACGCACUGCUCUGCCUUCCUUGGGUGCUUGCAUUGCUCUUCUGUACCGGCAGCUUGGAUUUACUCCUGCAGUCUCCAGUUAUGACCUUUACAGUCGGCGCUGGUGCGAGCAUGAACCUCGUCGGCUCAGCCGGGCGCGCCAUCCACUCGGCCGCCUUGAAUGGCGCGCUGCCCCCGGUAUUGUCCAAGAUUCAUCCAAAGUGGAAUGUUCCGGUGCGGGCUCUAUUGGUGACAUUUGUUGCCCUGUGUCUGAUCUGUCUGAUCUACAUAUGGAACACUACGGCCUUCUUUGCCUUUUUGUCAGCCUUUCUAAUCCUACAGAUGGUUUCGUAUAUCAUUCCCAUCGGGCUGCUGAUGUACCGAUCGAUCGGCGGAGAGUUUGAACUGGGGCCCUGGCAAAUAGGCCGGUUCCGUGUUAUCGUUCACACCAUGUCAGUGGUAUGGUGCGGCUUCCUCAUCGUUUUCCCGUCAUUUCCGACAACACUGCCGGUGAAGGCGUCCAACAUGAAUUACUCGAUCGUUAUCGUUGCAGGCAUCUUCGCUUUUGCGACCGUUCUUUACUUCACUUACGCUCAGGGCCGGUUUACGGGGCUGAAGUUGGAAACCUUGAUCGGCAUCAGGGCUGGCGAGAAAUGA